AUGACCAAGACUAUCUACCAGCCGGGAGACCUGCGCGUCGACGCCAAGCGCCUCAACGCUACACUCCAUGAGACGUGCGAGAUCGGCGCUGCCCACCGCUGGGGACCUGGGGAAAUUGAGACUGGCAUGUGCCGCCUCGCGCUGUCCGACGAGGACAAGCAGGUGCGCGACUGGUUUACGGCCGAGCUCAAGCGCCUCGGGUGCAAGGUCGUCGUGGACGCCAUGGGCAACAUGUUCGGCAUCCGUCCCGGCAAGAAGGAGGGCGCGCCGACUGCGAUGGGCUCGCACCUCGACACCCAGCCCACUGGCGGGCGCUACGACGGCAUCAUCGGUGUCAUGGCCGCGAUUGAGGUCCUUCGCGUUCUCAAGGACAACAACAUCGAGACCGAGUACCCCGUCGCUGCCGUGACCUGGACGAACGAGGAGGGCGCUCGCUUCCCCACCUCCAUGUUCGGCUCGGGCGUGUGGGCCGACGUGCUGCCUCUCGAGCAGAGCUACGCGCUCGCCGAUAUCCACAACCCGCAGGCGACCGUCAAGUCCGAGCUCGAGCGCAUCGGCUACCUUGGCGACGUACCGUGCUCGUACAAGGACACAGAGCUCGGUGCGCACUUUGAGCUGCACAUUGAGCAGGGUCCCAUCCUCGAGCGCGAGGAGAAGAAGGUCGGCGUCGUUAUCGGCGGCCAGGGGUACCGGUGGUUCGACAUGGUGGUCAAGGGGCGCGACUCGCACGCCGGCACGACGCCGCUCGACAUGCGCUCGGACGCCAUGCUCGUCGCGGCCCGCAUCAUCGCCGCCGCCAACGAUGUCGCCGUGAAGCACGACGGUCUCGCGACGACCGGUAUCAUCUCGCUCGAGCCCGGGUCAAUCAACACGGUCGCUAAGACCGUCAAGUUCUCCAUGGACAUCCGGCACAUGGACGACGACAAGCUCGACGAGCUUGAGAAGGACCUGCGCGCGCGCGCCGACGAGAUCUGCCGGAGCGCCGCGCGCGGCUGCACCGUAGAGUGGAACAAGCUUUCCGCUUUCCCCGUGACCAAGUUCCACCCCUCGUGUGUCGGCGCCAUCCGCGCCGCUGCCGAGUCGGCCGUUGGCCAGGACCGCGUCCGCGACAUCUACAGCGGUGCCGGCCACGACUCGUGCCAGACAGCCCUCCACUGCCCCACCGGCAUGAUCUUUGUGCCCUGCAAGGACGGCCUGUCGCACAACCCUGAGGAGUGGUGCACGGCUGAGGACUUAUACGCCGCCGCACCCGAUCACCCCUCUCAUACGACCCCGCUCUCUUACGACCACGAAACAUACAUGGGAGCCACCCGCCAGACGCGCGGGCGUUCCAGAACAGGGUGCAACCAGUGCCGCCGGGACCGGAAAAAGUGCGACGAGGUGCGCCCCGUCUGUGGCCGGUGUAUGAACCGCCGCACGGCGUGUGACUUUGACCGCCCCUUCGGGGCCAGCGUGGGGAACCGCCGCCGCUCCAACAUGUCGUCGGCGUUGUCCGACACGAGCUAUGACGACGGGCCGACGCCGAGCCCGAGCGGCCACCCGAUGAGCGGGAUGCGCACAGGCGCGACGAUGAGCAUGGGGCCAGGGCCGAUGUGGGCGACGACACCGCGCGCAGACGAACACCGAGUGAGCAUGAGCAGCAUGGGCUCAACUCCGCAACACCGAGGGGGCUAUCCGAAUGCCGCAAGCGGGCCUAGUGGGCCAAGCGGUAGCGGGAUGCACGGCUUCAAUAGCGACGAUUUCUCGUCGGCAGUACCCGGCGCGAGCACGAGCUCGAGCUCGAAUGUGCCCUCAAUCCCAGCGGACAUGCCACCGCCGAUGGGGAUGCCGGUGAGCCCAUUCGACCAGAUCGACCUGGGUGUCGGGGACGAGUUCAUCUCGUUUGAUGACCUGCUCAAGGACCUCUUUGGCGCGUCAAUGCCCGAUAUGACCACUGGCAUGGCAUACAUCACGGCGCAUGCGCAAGAGUCGCUGACGUCCGAGCGCACCGAGCCGUCGCACAGCCCAAACGUCGAGCCGCACUCUGUUCAGCAACGCUUCAACGCGCCGCUGGACACGCGCGCCGCGCUGCGCGGCACAGUGCCGCAGGCGGCGCUCGAGACAUUGAGCGACACCGACGCGCGCCUGAUUCACCACUUCGUCGAUGUGCAAAGCACCAUCAGCAUCGCCAUCGAGCUGGACACGCACGACAACCCCUUCGUGAAGCACUUCGUGCCCGUUGCGCUAUCGUCCACGCUGCGUGGCAAUAAUGACGACAACCCCGCCUUGCACGCCAUCAAGGCGACGGCCGCGACGCAUCGCGCCAACCUGAUGGACAGCACCCGCACCGAGGGUUCGGGCGUGUGGCGCGACCUCGCCCACUCGUGCCGCAAGCGCGCGUACACGCUCAUCGCUUCCAAGAUGGACGGGUUUGCGCGCGCCGCCCCAGAGGAGCGCGAGCGCAUCCUCGGCGCCUUCGCGCAGCUCGUCGGCCUGGCGGUCGUUGACGGCAACACACGCCUCCUGCCGGGCCUGUACGCUGCAUUCUCCGUCGCCCUCCGCUCCCUCAACCACCCGACUGAGCACGAGCAGUUCUUCGUCCUUCUCGCAUCGAUGUGGCAGACCAUGUUCAACUUCAGCAUUGGCGUUGUGCUGGGCCGCCCGAUGCUCAAGCCGCUUGUUGAUUCGCUGCCGACCCGCCCGCGCUCUUCUGACGUCGACAACGUAUUCGCUGCACCCUAUGAGCGCGCAGAGGACUUCAUGCGUGUCUACGCAUUGCUGGAGCAGGCGAGGCGGCACGACACAGCCUCGGUGCUCGCCGCGCAACUUGAGGCCGACGAGCUGAUCACGACUCUUGGACACAGGCUGGAGCACGAUAUGAGCCGCUACGCCUCGCUGCCCGGGCAAGCGCGGCGCGUCGCCAUCGGGUCUCUGCUCGCAAACGCCGCGCUCCGCGUCCUCCUUCUGCGUCACGUUUUCCAGUACGCGAACGAGUUGGCUCCCUGCUGA